UGCUGCAGCGCGGAGCCUGUGAGAUGGCGGUCGGCUCUCAGACCGAGUGAGACUCUCCUCGAUCCACCUUGUUGGUCGACUUUCUGCCUUAGCGCGUCCCCGCCUCUGAGCUCGACAUGGAGGGGGGCAAACCGAGCCUGGCGCUGGUCUACCAGGCGGUCCAGGCCCUGUACCACGACCCGGACCCGGCCGGGAAGGAGCGAGCCUCGCUGUGGCUCGGGGAGCUGCAGAGAUCGAUGUAUGCGUGGGAGAUCUCGGACCAGCUGCUGCAGCUCAAGCAGGACGUGGAGUCGUGCUACUUCGCCGCUCAGACGAUGAAGGUGAAGAUCCAGACGUCCUUCUACGAGCUUCCCGCGGAGACCCACAAUGCACUGCGGGACUCCCUGCUCACGCACAUCCAGAACCUCAAAGACCUGUCCCCGAUCAUCGUCACACAGCUCGCUUUAGCAAUCGCCGAUCUGGCUCUUCAGAUGGCCUCCUGGAAGGGCUGCGUUCACACACUCAUAGAAAAGUACAACAGCGACAUCAGCUCGAUGCCGUUCCUCAUAGAGAUCCUCACGGUGCUGCCGGAGGAGGUCCACAGCCGGUCCCUACGGAUAGGAGCCAACCGGAGGACAGAAAUCAUCGAAGACUUAGCGUUUUACUCCAGCACUGUGGUCACGCUGCUAACAUCGUGUGUAGAAAAGACCGGGAACGACGAGAAGAUGCUCAUCAAGGUGUUCCGGUGUCUGGGAAGUUGGUUCAACCUGGGCGUCCUGGACAGUAACUUCAUGGCCAGCAACCAGCUGCUCAUGGUCCUCUUCCAAGUCCUGCAGAGGGACGAAACCUCCACCAAUCUGCACGAGGCGGCGUCGGACUGCGUCUGCUCGGCGCUCUACGCCAUCGAGAACGUGGACACCAACAUGGGGCUGGCGCUGCAGCUGUUCCAGGGCGUCCUGACGCUGGAGACGGCCUACCACAUGGCCGUGGCCAGAGAAGACCUGGACAAGGUCCUGAACUACUGCCGGAUCUUCACCGAGCUCUGCGAGACGUUUCUGGAGACGACGGUCAGGAGUCCGGGUCAGGGGAUGGGGGACCUGAGGACGCUGGAGCUGCUGCUGAUCUGCGCCGGGCACCCGCAGUACGAGGUGGUGGAGAUUUCCUUUAACUUCUGGUACCGUCUGGGGGAGCACCUGUAUAAAAUCAACGACCCGGCUCUCCAUAACAUCUUCAGACCGUACAUCCAGAGACUCCUGCACUGUUUGGCGCGACACUGUCAGCUGGACCCGGACCACGAGGGAAUCCCGGAGGACACGGACGACUUCGGCGAGUUCCGGAUGCGAGUGUCGGACCUGGUGAAAGACGUGAUCUUCCUGGUCGGCUCCAUGGAGUGCUUCUCUCAGCUUUAUUCAACACUAAAAGACGGGAACCCCCCCUGGGAGGUGACGGAGGCCGUGCUCUUCAUCAUGGCCGCCAUCGCCAAAAGCGUGGAUCCAGAGAACAACCCCACGCUGUCCGAGGUGCUGCAGCAGGUGGUGCUGCUGCCGGAGAGCGUGCACAUGGCCGUGCGCUACACCAGCAUCGAGCUGGUGGGCGAGAUGAGCGAGGUGGUGGACCGGAACCCGCGCUUCCUGGACCCCGUCCUCAGCUACCUGAUGAAGGGCCUGCGGGAGAAGCCGCUGGCGUCGGCGGCGGCCAAGGCCAUCCACAACAUCUGCUCGGUGUGCCGGGACCACAUGGCGCAGCACUUCCAGGGCCUGCUGGACAUCGCGCGCUCGCUCGACACCUUCGCCCUGUCCACCGAGGCGGCCGUCGGCCUGCUCAAAGGCACGGCGCUGGUCCUGGCUCGCCUUCCUCUGGAGAAGAUCGCCGAGUGUCUGAGCGACCUGUGCGCCGUUCAGGUGAUGGCUCUGAAGAAGCUCCUGGCCGAACAGUCUUCUAACGGCAAGUCGGCCGAUCCCACCGUGUGGCUGGACCGGCUGGCCGUGAUCUUCAGACACACAAACCCCAUCGUGGAGAACGGGCAGACGCACCCCUGUCAGAAGGUCAUCCAGGAGAUCUGGCCGGUUCUGUCGGAGACGCUGAACACACACCAGGCUGACAACCGGAUCGUGGAGCGCUGCUGCCGCUGCCUCCGGUUCGCCGUGCGCUGCGUGGGCAAAGGCUCCGCCUCCCUGCUGCAGCCGCUCGUCACUCAGAUGGUGAGCGUGUACCAGCUGUAUCCGCACUCCUGCUUCCUGUACCUGGGCAGCAUCCUGGUGGACGAGUACGGCAUGGAGGAGGGCUGCAGGCAGGGGCUGCUGGACAUGCUGCAGGCUCUGUGCAUGCCCACCUUCCAGCUGCUGGAGCAGCCCAACGGCCUGAGGAACCACCCCGACACGGUGGACGACCUGUUCAGACUGGCCACCAGGUUCGUCCAGAGGAGUCCGGUCACGCUGCUGGGCAGCAGCAUCAUCGUGCACAUCAUCCAGUGCGCCAUCGCCGCCACGUCGCUGGACCACCGGGACGCCAACUGCAGCGUGAUGAAGUUCGUCCGAGACCUGAUCCACACGGGAGUGUCCAACGACCACGAGGAGGACUUCGAGCUGAGGAAGCGUCUGAUUGGCCAGGCCAUGGAGCAGCACGGCCAGCAGCUGGUCACCCAGCUGAUGCACUCGUGCUGCUUCUGCCUGCCGCCGUACACGCUGCCCGACGUGGCCGAGGUGCUGUGGGAGGUGAUGCUGUUCGACCGGCCGACGUUCUGCCGCUGGCUGGAGAACGCCCUCAAAGGCUUACCGAAGGAGACGUCGGGCGGCGCCGUGACCGUCACACACAAGCAGCUCACGGACUUCCACAAGCAGGUCACCAGCGCCGAGGAGUGUAAGCAGGUGUGCUGGGCCAUCAGAGAGUUCACCAGACUGUUUCGAUAGCUGCAACCUUCACACAACCACAGGUGAGAUGUUUGUGUGUCGCCGUCGGCGACGGAGCGCCUGCAGCCGAGGGUCGGAGGGACGAAGGUGACUUUGAAUGUGAAACUGGACGAACGGACUCCCCCAAAACCCGCCACCCCCCCUCGCCUCGGCCCACCCGGGGGCGGGGCCUGGGGGGAGGGGGGCGGGCCCGGCAGGUGGGCGGGGUCAGGACUGGUUUGAAUGGCGGCGGAUCGGAAGACUCGGAGGACGUGCCUGGUCAACAGUUUUUAAAAGAAUCUUUAUUUUUUUGAUGUUUUUGUCCGUGCCAUAAAAAGAACCAAAAGAUUUCCCACGAUGCUUUUGGCGGAGCGGCAGCCUGGACGAUGCUGGAGGGUUCGGCGUCACCUUUGACCUUUUUAACUUUGGCUGAAUUUUAGUUGUUUAUCCACAAAGUGAGACAGAGUGAACUCUGGGUAAAGAAGCAGAGACUGACACCGAGACAUCAUCAGUGAUGUAGCCUUGUUGUAAACAAUAAACGGCUGAAACAACAACGUGCCGCUUCGCUGUUUGCGUGGAGAGACGUCCGCACACGUGCAGAGCGCUCCGACGGGAUGCACGGUUCGAUUCCCAGCUGUCGGGAAGUCUGUGAUGUUUGUCACCCUGCUGAAAAAUCUACACCUAGCCUAACGCAACGCUCGCAACGUCAGUUAGCAGCCGACGCUAAGGUGUGAAAAUCGCGUCCGAGAGAGUGAGCUGUUGUUAUGCUAACUGUGUGAAUGGUUGACGGUGAGUUAGCAGUUGUAAUGCUAACAGUUAUACUGACGGCUGAGUUAGCAACUGUUAUGCUAGCAUGUAAAUAGAUGACCGUGAGUUAGCCGGUGUCUUGCUAACGUGUAAAUGGAUGACUGAGUUAGCAAAAUUAGCAUGUGUAAACGGGUGGCAGUGACUGCGAUCGUGCUAACAUGCGUGAAUGGGGAGAUUACAGCGAGUUAGCAGCUGCAGCGCUAACACAUUCGCAUCAUCUGGAGGAAAUAUAAAGACGGCUAGCAACUCAGACCUCAUGAGGAACUGAACAAAAAACAUAAGAACCCGGGACGCUCCAGCCUGGAAAAGCUGUUUAACGAUUCAGAGACACAGACGGUUCAGAGAUCAUUUUGUUCGGUGUGUUUUCUGUUUAGAGCAGAAUCCAACUGAAGCAACCAUGUUCACAAAUCCACGAAGCUUCCGGUCCAAACGGGACCUAAACCCUGUCGGAGAUGAUCUGCUGCUGAGAUCCCAAAUAAUAAAGAAUAUCAA